CUAACUGUGCUCACAAGCCUUCCAAACAUCGAAUUGGUCGGGUGUCCCCAACAGUCGCUUCGCAGCCACUGACAGAAACAGAAACGAAAACCGAAAGUACCGCAAUCUAAAAAUCCCCAAAAGACCUGUCCAGCCAGGGACUACUUAACCAAUCAUAUAACUGUAAAGUGGAAAAACAAGCAGAGCACGAACCAAGAUGGCACUCCGCGUGGCCGGACUCUUCCUGAAGAAGGAGCUGGUGGCUCCCGCAACGCAGCAGCUGCGUCAGCUGCGUACUGGCAGUACCACCCGCUCCCAGUUCUUGGCCAACUCCCCCAACACGGCCCUAGACAAGAGCAUUCUGCAGAGGUACCGCAACCUGGAGACGCCUGCCAAUCGAGUGCAGGCUACUUACUUAUGGAUCGACGGUACCGGCGAGAACAUUCGCCUCAAGGAUCGCGUCUUGGACAAGGUUCCCAGUUCCGUGGAGGACUUGCCGGAUUGGCAGUACGACGGCAGUUCCACCUACCAGGCCCAUGGCGAGAAUUCGGAUACCACGCUCAAGCCACGCGCCAUAUAUCGCGAUCCCUUUAAGCCAGGCAAGAACGACGUAAUUGUACUGUGCGACACCUACAGCGCCGACGGCAAGCCGACGGCGUCCAACAAGCGUGCCGCGUUCCAGGCAGCCAUUGACCUAAUUGGCGAUCAGGAGCCCUGGUUCGGCAUUGAGCAAGAAUACACUUUAUUAGACGUGGACGGACGUCCCUUCGGCUGGCCGGAGAACGGUUUCCCAGCCCCACAAGGACCUUACUACUGCGGAGUGGGAGCUGACCGCGUGUACGCUCGCGAUCUUGUGGAGGCCCACGUCGUGGCCUGCCUGUAUGCUGGGAUCGAUUUCGCCGGCACCAAUGCCGAGGUUAUGCCCGCGCAGUGGGAGUUCCAAAUUGGUCCAGCCGGGAUUAAGGCAUGUGACGAUUUAUGGGUGUCGCGAUAUAUUUUGCAGCGCAUAGCUGAGGAGUAUGGCGUAGUGGUCACCUUUGACCCCAAGCCGAUGGAGGGUCAGUGGAACGGAGCCGGUGCGCAUACCAACUUUUCCACAAAGGAGAUGCGUGCCGAUGGCGGAAUCAAGGCCAUCGAGGAAGCUAUCGAGAAGCUGAGCAAGCGCCACGAGCGGCACAUCAAGGCAUACGACCCCAAGGAAGGCAAAGACAAUGAACGGCGCCUCGUGGGACGUCUUGAGACUUCUAGCAUCGAUAAGUUUUCUUGGGGCGUGGCCAACCGGGCCGUAAGUGUGCGAGUACCGCGUGGCGUUGCGACGGCCGGCAAAGGUUACCUCGAGGACCGGCGGCCAAGCUCCAACUGUGAUCCCUACGCCGUGUGCAACGCCAUUGUCCGCACCUGCCUGCUCAACGAAUAAGCAGUGAGCGGUGCAAGGGGCGUUUAAUCUUUUGUACAUUAUGUUUUAUUGAAUUGUGAAGCGUAUCCGAUCAUUUGGUUAUAUUUACAUUGAACUGAAGCAAAAUUUAGUUUGCUUGUGCAAAAAAGACAGGAAACCGAGUCACGAAAAAAGCGUGCGCUUAGAGUUUAAGAAAGUGGGUGGGUGGCAAGACGAACAAAGCUUAAGGAAAACUUUGACCUUAAAGCGAUGGAGCCUCAAGAAUACUUUGCCAUAUAUAUCUUACAAACUACGUAUAUCUAUCAUUGCUUUAAUCUAAAUAAUAAAAACACUGUACCCUAUGUUAAUUUUUUACCUUUAGAUCAAACAAACAUUUUGGGAUCCGACGUUGAAUUCGGCCAACGCCAUUUCUUGCCCUUAAAUUCUUGAACGCUCUUUUUUAAUAACUCGUAAGGGUUUCUAAAUGUAAAUUUAAGAACGAAAUAUCACCGAAAUCGGACGAUAUGCAUAUUACUCAUUCAUAUCCAUGGGCAGGAAUACACAUAUGUGUAAAAUUUGUUUAUAAAAACUAAUUGUUGAUUAGAAGUUGUUAAAAAUAAAAUACUAAGAACUUAAUAUAAUAUAUAUUGGUACAUAUGUAUCUCACUUCACGGAUCUGUCGCUUCACUUUGUUCGGUAGCAUUUUACAUCAUUUUACUUAUGUAUAUGCUGUUAUAAUAUAAAUGUCUAUAUACUAGCACCCUGAAAAUUAAGAAUUCCAUUGAGAUACAUAAAUACAUUUUGAGUAAAAGCAGUGCAAAACACAUUA